GGGUUCCUGAUGUCACAGAACGGGUUCCUGAUGUCACUGAGAAACGGGUUCCUGAUGUCAUAAAAGAACGGGUUCCUGAUGUCACAGAACGGGUUCCUGAUGUCACAGAACGGGUUCCUGAUGUCACUGAGAAACGGGUUCCUGAUGUCACAAAAGAACGGGUUCUUGAUGUCACUGAGAAACGGGUUCCUGAUGUCAUAAAAGAACGGGUUCCUGGUGUCGCAGAACAGGUUCCUGAUGUCAUAGAAGAACAGGUUCCUGAUGUCAUAAAAGAACGGGUUCCUGAUGUCAUAAAAGAACAGGUUCCUGAUGUCGUAGAAGAACGGGUUCCUGAUGUCACAGAAGAACAGGUUCCUGGUGUCAUAAAACAGGUUCCUGAAGAACGUGUUCCUGACAUUAUAGAGGACCGGUUGUCCAAAGUCACAGAAGAACACGUUCCUGAAGUUAGAGAGGAAAGGGUGAACCUGGGUGGAGGUACUGAUGACGUCUGGGAACCAGAGGAACCGGUUCCUGAGGUGUCUGCGUCAGAUGAAGCAGCUGAAGACAAAUCCAUCAGUGUCGCUGUAGAAGUUCCCCAUGCAGAACAUUCUGCCGACGGCAGGCCAGGGAACAUUACAGAGGCAGAACCUUCUCCACAGCCUGGAGAGAACCCUGAAGCUAGACAUGAAUCUGAAAGUCCAGACCUAGAGAUCGUGUCAGAACCAGACAAAGACAAAUCUGACUUCAGACCAGCAAUCGUAGGGUCAGAACCCGAGAGAGAACCCGAGAGAGAACCCGAGAGAGAACCCGAGAGAGAACCCGAGAGAGAACCCGAGAGAGACGCCAGUGAACCGCCUGCCGAGUCAAUCAAGAUCCUCCACACUCUCCACAUGGAGAGCAUGGAAGAACUCCACUACAGAGAAGACGCUCGUCGGGUUCUGGAAGAGGAGGAACCUCCUGCGGUUGGUUCUGAUCAUCUCAGUCCAUCAGAGGAAGAUCUUCUGCCCGUCAUGCCGGGACUCAUCCAGCCCUCACAGGAACAUCUCAUCCGUCCAAUCCCAGAAGGUUCCCCCAUGGAGGACGGGGCUGAGGUGGACAGCGGUUCUUCCAGAACACCAGAACCUCGGGACAGUGGUCUUCAGUCUGAAGCAGCUGCCUCAGCUGCAGAGACCGGGGUCCCACCAGCCCAGAGACCAGAAGAAGGGACCUCCAUACCCGCCGUAGAUGCCUCCUCUGCUCCUCCAGCUUCUGUCGAUGUGCUCCAGGUCUCCUCACCUGGCCCAACGCCUGACUCUGGGUUCUAUGAGGAACCAGGGGACAGAACCCAACCCAGAGAGCCUUCUGCUGUUGGUGCUCAUGACGUCUGGGAAGAAGAGCCUGAAGGCCUCACCUCCCCUCCAGCGGGGGGGCCGGAGCAGAUGAAGGUGCUGAGAACCUCAGCGCCUGCAGGAGAGGAGCGCAGCAGGGCCGGCGUCACGGCCCCGCCCCCUCUGACCUACCUGACCACGCCCACCAUGACCACGGCCAGCAACGGGCAGGAGCUGGUGGUCUUCUUCAGCCUGCGUCUCACCAACAUGGACUUCUCUGAGGACCUCUUCAACAGGACCUCAUCUGAGUACAGGUCCUUGGAGAACACGCUUCUAGAUGUGCUGCUGCCGUACCUGCAGGCCAACCUGACCGGCUUCAGGAAGCUGGAGAUCCUGAACUUCAGGAAGGGCAGCGUUGUGGUCAACAGCAAGAUGAAGUUCUCCAGGUCGGUUCCGUACAACCUGACCGAGGCCGUGCGCUGCAUCCUGGAGGAGUUCUGCUCGUCAGCCGCCAGGAAGCUGCGGCUGCAGAUCGACCGCCGCUCCCUGGACGUGGAGCCAGCCGACCAGGCCGACCCGUGCCGGUUCCUGGCCUGCGGAGACUUUUCCCGCUGCAGGGUGGACGGCUGGAGCCGGGAGGCCCGGUGUGUGUGUGAGCCGGGCUUCCUGUCCGUGGACCAGCAGCCCUGCAGGAGCGUCUGCGUCCUGCAGCCGCAGCGCUGCCCACACGGCCAGUGUCACCUGGUUCCAGGACGAGGAGCCGAGUGCAGACCGCACAGCGGAUCUGUGGCGCCGAGCCGUUAGGAAGACGUACUGGACCAGACGGCACCGGGGAUUAAAGGAACACGAGGCGGCAGCAGGAAGAUCCAGAGGAGCCCAGCUGGUGGACCUGGUUCCGUCUGAUCAGGAAACCCUCUGAUGGGAACAUCCCAGAGAAAAACCCAACUCCACCAUUAGUUUCUGGUUCUGAAUGAGCAGAUUAAACCGGAUCGCUUCAGAUAUCAGGACAAGAACCUCGUCUGGUCUACAUCAGAACUUCAACUGUCUCAGGAUUCUUUGACUAGGCCGUUGGAUCGCCUUUCUGACGGCUACUGUUGGGGCUCAUGGUUCUGUUCAUGACCCGGUUAGCCAGGUCCACUCUGGUUUGGGUUUUAUUUGGUUCUGUCCAAAGCUGCUGCUGAAUCAGGAGGCCUGGAGGUCUUCUAGGUUCUAUCAUUUCUGAGGAGGAAAGACCUCAGAAAUGAUAGAAAUAGAGUCUGAGCUGGAGCUCCUGGUUCUGGUUCUGGUCAGUUCUCUGAGCUGCAGCUCACACCUCGGGCUGAACCUGCUGAGAUGUUCUCGUCUCUGCAGGACGGUGGACCUCAUGCAGAUUCACACUUCUCACCAACUAUUACAU